GACUUGAGAAUCCCGUUGUCACGGUCGUCGGAUCUUGCGGUGCUGCUCGGUCGAUACGCUAGCCAGAAUUUCCGAUCGGGUCAAAAAAAAUAAACCCCAGUCGGUGACAUAAGCCAAAAUCACUCCAUCCGCCCAUUUGCCACGGGCCGACAUCGAGGACGCCGGUAACCAUCAGAACCCUCAUUUGUUUAGGUCGCUGUCGUUGCAAUUACCGGACUCUUUCCUCCAAAAAAACGUUGUCUUGCUCUCUCACGUUGCCACGUUGGGCUUGGCCUGGCCCAGUGGGCCCCUUCCCUGCCCUCCCCUCGUGGCCCAAUUCCUUGGCUCUCCCACGUUGGGCCCCACCUCCAGAUCUACGGAGGGUCCAAACGGCACAAAGAGAGACAAGUGGCGCGAACACAGAGAAAGAGAGUCGUGACUGUUAGCCUGGAACUCUCUGCCUUCUUCCUCUACAUCGUUCCUAUUCGUUUUGGCUGCAACCAGCCCGCCCCCUUUCAGAAUUCAGCCUUUCUUGUCGUUAAUCCCUCUCCUCCAACCAAGUCCUCUGUCACACUCUUGUUCUAAACCCUCAGCUUUGCUCUUCCUCCAAUUCUCAAUUCUAUUCUCUCCAGGAAAGCGUCAAGAAAGGAUUCAAUUUCUCUCAAAUAUGCGUUCCUUUGCUUCUUUGCCUCCUCCUCCUUCUUCUUCUUCUCUACCUUCCUUCAUUAUUUAAAUGUCGCAUCUACCCACAACCCCGAUUUCAACAAAGCUAUCCCCUCACAAAAUUAGGAGGAAAGUGCCCAUCUUUUAGGUGGGACAAAAAAAAAGAGAAAGUGUUUCUGUUUUUUGCACACAUGAUUUGAGUUUUUUUCUCUGUAUUCUCGUCGUCAUCAUGAUUCAUUCCUUUCUUCCGACGAGGUGUCCGAUUGGGAGGCCCAAUACGGGCUGGGACCUGAGAUCUAUAUACGCUCCUCCUCCUCCUCCUUCGAUAAAGUUGCCAGCUUUAGGGCGGAAUCACCCAAUUGCUUGCGUCUUUCAUGAGCAGAAUCCUCGGACGUGCACUGACCAGGCGCAUGAGCCCAGAGCUAGACUCGUAACCCGUGUCUCUUCCGAGCCCAUUUGGGUUAAUCCGGGUCAUUUUCGUGGCGGCGAUGACAAACGGGUGAGCGAUAAUGUGAAGGGGCAUGAAGGGGAGACGAAGGGGACAAGAGUUGGAGGCUUCCGUGGCCAAUUGGGUUGGGAGCAAAUGCUUGUGCUGUGUGGGUUUGGGUGUUGGAUGCAAGGGUUUAGAGCGUUUCCAUGGCUGGGUCUCAACUUCCACAUGGCUCACCAUCUCAGCUUUCAUCCUUCCCUACUGCAGCUUGUGCAGAGUGCUGGCAACCUUCCUAUGGUGGCCAAGCCUCUCUAUGGUGUCCUUUCUGAUGUUAUCUACAUUGGUGGAGCUCAUAGAAUACCUUACAUUCAAAUUGGAGUUUGUUUGCAGAUAUUGCCUUGGGGUGUGUUGGCAAUGAUUCCUGUUGCAUCUAAAGCUCUUCCCAUGCUCAUGGCGUGCAUCCUUCUAAGUAACAUUGGUGUUUCAAUUACUGAAGUUGCUACGGAUGCUCUUGUAGCUGAGUAUGGCCAAAAACACAAAAUAGGAGGCCUCCAAUCCUAUGGAUUUAUGGCUUUGGCUAUAGGUGGAAUCCUUGGCAACUUGCUUGGUGGCAUUUUCUUGCAAAAGACAGCCCCCAAAACCAUGUUUGUGGUAUUUGCAUUUCUGUUGUCUCUCCAGCUUGGUAGUUCAUCAGUAGGCAGGGAGGAAUUUCUUGGUCUGUCACGAGAACCAGACCGUUCUGUUGUUGGGAAAUCGAUUUGGGAGAGCAUCAUAUAUCAGGUAAACAAUCUGAAGAUGGCUUUAAGGGAGGACCGGAUAUUCCGUCCAUUGAUGUGGAUGGUGGCUUCCAUUACCAUGGUUCCUGUUCUUUCAGGUUCCAUCUUCUGCUAUCAGACACAAUGCCUAAAUCUAGACCCUUCAGUUAUUGGAUUGUCCAAAGUAAUAGGCCAGCUGACGCUACUUUCCUUGGUUGUUCUCUUUGACCGGUACUGGAAAGAACUUCCCAUGAGAAAACUGGUUGGUACCCUCCAGUUUUUGUAUGCAGCUUCAUUGCUCCUUGACUUUGUCCUGGUGAGGCAGAUCAAUCUGAAGUUAGGGAUCACAAAUGAGUUAUUUGCUCUUUGCUUUUCGGGUUUGGCAGAAAUCCUUCAACAGUUUAAACUCCUCCCUUUCUCAGUGUUGUUGGCAAGUUUAUGCCCACAAGGUUGUGAAGGAUCUCUUACAUCUUUCUUGGCUUCAGCAUUUAUUCUGUCAUCCGUCCUUAGUGGCUUUUUUGGUGUUGGAUUAGCAUCACUGCUUGGAAUAACAUCAAGUGACUACUCACGUCUUCCUGUGGGGAUUUUGAUACAGUUUCUUUUAGCUUUAGUUCCUUUGGCGUACAUAAAUAAUGUACCAAUGUCUGAACCUGUGUACAAGGAGGAUAGAAGGAGAGGCAUGAGUAAAAAAUCCAGAAAAGCCAGAAGGGUUGGAAGAGUGAUGAUCAAUUACAUUUUUGUUUAUCGGCGUGAAAGAGACUCUGGCAAGAAACCUUGAAGCAAAAACCUUUCAGACAUGCCGUUAGCCGUCCGUAUUGGAGAUGGGGAUGCGAUUGAGUGUGUGGCUUAAGAGUAGCUAAACUGAGCUGACAGAACCUGCAGAUGAAAUUGAUGGUUUGCAGGGUUGUAGAUGCGAAGUAUUACCUGACAAUGCGCACUCUGCACUUGUUGCGCUUCUGGCUGCUUGAAGAAAGGCAAACUUUUGAAGUUAGGCUCCUUUAGUGGUCUCUGCUAAUCAAGUAAAAUUUCAACAGUUUAAGAGAAUGUUGAUGGCUUCUGGCCAUUGGUAGCUCUGGAAGGGAUCACACUCUUGUCAAUCUCUCAGCCCCAUUGCUGUAACAUUUCAAUCUAUAAUAUCAGCAUCUCCUAGCCUCUAGAUUCUGUUUCUUUUGAUUACCUCUUCCUACAAUGUAUGGAUAAAAAGUAGUACUCUGCGUGGACUAAAAUUCUGGGUAUAUUCAGGUGUAUAUUGUCACUGAAAUCAUAACCAUAUCCUCACAUUUUUUCAGGGUUGUUUUAAAUGUUAAUCGCACCAUCAAAAUGACCAUUCGUGCUUUGCUUGUUGUAUUCGUUCGGGUGCCUAUGCCUCCCUAGCUGAAUGCUUGUUGUUCACUGUGUGGCCAUUUUUGUCUCUCAGACAGAAACCACUUCAUUUCCUAAUUGCAGCUCCAAGUUGUCAAGUUGAAUCUUCUAGAGGCACAUCGCAUAAUGACCCUGACCAGCGUGUGUGCUGUUUGCUGCUGGCUGUUGCAUACGCAGGCAGAGACUUGCAGAACAAGAACGUACUGCUUCUGAGAAUGGAUUCUCCGACUGUGAGCUAUGGUUCUGCUUGCCAUUUGUGCAUGAAUGCGGGGGAUCGAACAAGCUGAGUUGAUCAUUCCCUACCCAUAAGUUGAAAUGUUGCCCUGAACUGCAUUCACAAAGUUUUUUUAUUUCUUGUUUGCUACACAGGUCUCAGAUGGUUCUGCGUUGAUGACCUGCAAAUUUAAACACGGCUCAGGUCAUUCACUAAACCGUAAGAAAAGCUAGUUUCAGCCCCCAGAAAAACUAAUCACGUCUUAGCAAUGUUACCUGUUUCACUUUAGCCUUACCGUCCCAUUGUUUACUACAUGAUGGGUUAGUAAUUAGAGGUUCCCAUUGUUUACCACCUGUUUCAUUCACUGCUAAAAUGCAAACGACAGUAGACAAACCCUGAAGAACAAUGUUUUGGCCAUCAGCACAUCACCACAACUCUACUUCUACUGUCCUAUAGUUUUGAGUUUUGACAUGAUCCUGUCAUUCAUCGGGUAAGAAAGAAUGUGUAUAGCAGUUGACCAACCAUUCAAAAGCUUCCACGCAACAUCCUCGCUACUCUGGAAAAUCAGAGCGCUUUUUUUCAUCACCCAGAUGAGGUCUGUCAGCAUUUCAUAUAUUGGUUCUGCAGAGGAAAUGAACCUUCAGCAGCAUAGAAUCUACGGGGUCUAUCGCAGAAUGAUCCAUUUAUGACUUAUCCAACCUUCUGCAACAUCAUUCUGUUGAUGAAGUCUUAUGCCUCAACAAUCUAUAGUCUAAUCUUUCUAACAAAACACCCUAUUCGAGAUCGAGAGUCUAAAAAAUACACCAACAACGCAUCGAUAAAAUAAAAGGUGUUAACGAACAAAUGGAUUUGGCGUACUAAUUCGACAUAUAAACUAUGUAUACACACUCUAUAUGCAUAAGCAUGGUAAUGGGGAAACUGUACUCCUAGUCCUAAACUUAGUGCAAGUGAUUGCACAUCGUCCAAGUUUGUCUGUAUCUAAUUGUUUUGGAAAAAUCUCUGCUUCCCUUUUGCGCAGCCAAUGCAAAUAUAUAUUGCUGAUGAAAGCGUGCAGCGGCAGCAUAGAUUAGGAGCGGGAACUGAUUGCAAAGAUAACAUAUGAAAUUCAGAAGUGGACAGAAAAACAUGGAGAGUGAGUACUGAAAGAGAAUCUCAAUCUGCAUAUAUCCAAAAUCCAGAAAUUUGGGUUUCUUUUGUACGUUGUUGGGAACAGAUUGGCCUUUAAGAUCAAAGCAUAUAUUCAUAUUAACGACAUUGUUGCUGCUCUGCUCUGUGAUGUCAUUGGAAAUCCUCUCUUUUUCUCUCCUCUUUAUAAAGUUGGAGAUCACGACAAGAGAAGAAACACGUCACCUCGUUAGCCAGCACGGACUUGUACUAAGUUCACUUUUCAUCAUCUUUUUCUUCAUUUCUUCUCCUUUUUGGUAGAAAGCAAAAACAUUUGUUCAUUUCCUCUUAGUUUAAGCCUAGAAUGCUUUUGUUUUUAUUCUCUGGAAUAUUUUUUAAUGAUGACCUCAUAAUAAUAGUACACCUCAACCAGUAUUAAAAUCAUAAGGCUUAAUUAUAAGGUGCAGUGAUCCCAUUUACACAACUUAAUUAUUUGUUUAAGGAAUUAAUUUUGCUUUACAAACUUUUCUAGAUAUGAGUAGGUUUAUUAGCUACGUCCACAAGCACCGUAAAAUAUAUGUAUAAACAGAUUCAUUAUUUCGAGGAAAGUGCAUGAUACGUAGAGUUUCUAAAGUUUUUAUUAUGGAUUCAUUUUCGCUCAAUUCUAUACGAAUUAGGCCGAAAAAAUUUGAGUUCGCAACGUCUUCAUGCCCUCAAAAUUGGGUGAUUACCUUAAUUCAGUGAUUCGAAAACAAGAUUAAUAAGAUUGCACAGGUCAAAUAAAUAUAUUCGAGGUAUCUCAAAUUUUGAUAUGUAAGUUAUAAUCUUCUUGUGAAAUUGGAAAGUGUUUGUACCUUCUAGCUCGACGUAUGAACAAUAAUCAUUUGUUGGUGUGGGUUUGAUUUACGAUCCGUUCGUCCGAUCUCGUUGGGAGGGAUAGAACCUGUGAAAAGUCGGAGUUGCCCCUCGGAUUAAGCUCCGACGAUCAAGUCAGUUUUCGUUUAAGGUGAGAGUUGUGUCUUAUUAAGCAGCUGCAACUACACUACUAGGUUAGACUCAUGGCAUGAGAUCAAGAUAGAGAGAUAAAGUGUAGAGAGAUAGUGGAAAAUGGAAAGUCAGGAGAGAGAAGAAGUCCUCUUCUUUGGAGGGCUUCAAGCCCUUAUAUACCUGUAGCUAGAGGUGGCAAAUGGAUUGGUGGAUUCAUGAUCCAAUGGAUUGGAUCAAGUGGAUUGGUGAAUUAUCCAUGAAUCCAAAUGACAUCCUCAAUCAUGGACCAAUUUGCAAAAUGUGAAAAUUUUAGGUACUAAAAUGUCAUAAUGAAAAAUUUUAGGUACCAAAACGUAAUUUUCCAAUGAUAUUUUUCGUAUAAAAAUUAAAUUUUGGG